GAAACGGUUAGAAGGAGAGGCGCGCGAGUGACUGGCAGGAGAAUUGCUACCACAGCAAUUACAAGGAUGCAUUUGGGAAAAGACCUGCAGCUGGAAAAGUUAAUAGAUGAAGCUAUUAAAAGAAGUACUUUUAAGCUACUGGAAGAAUUACAAGAAGAAAGUGAUGAGAUUGUUACUUGCAGAUGCAGCAAGCAAAUGAUAAAUAAACUGAACAAACUCAUCCUAAGGGAGCUAAAUAAAAAAGAAAUUAAGAAUACCACUUUGUUGUUUCAUUCCAUACAUAAAUAUGGAAAACAUAUGACCAUACAAGGAGAAGAUGGCUUGGCAGCAAUGAUAAAGCAAGGACUUGUUCAGAAGAUAAACAACCCUAAGCUGGAUGGCAGUGUGUACAAUGAGGAGGAUGCUAAGAGGCUGCAGGAUGAUUUGGGCAGGCUGGCUGAGUGGGCUAGAAAGAUCUGGACAACUGGAGGGAAAGAAAAGAAAGAAUCACUGAUAAAUUUUGCCGAAGACUUCUUUGAUGCCUUAAUGGCAAUUUUUAAUACCAGUAAAGAAGGACGAUGCCAGGUGCUUGAUGCAUUCCUCCAUCGUACGGGCUCCAUAGUCACUGAUGAUGGUGUUAAUAUUUAUAUUCAAGAGGAGGCAAUUAAGAAGAUGAAUACAAUGCUUAAUCAAAUGACACGUGAGGACAGGAAAAGGCUUCUACUAACUACAAAAAUGCAACUUCUGAUGAAUGAUUUUGGGAAAAGGAUUUUGGAUGCUGGUGAUUAUAAUUUACAGGUUGCUAUAACAGAAAGUCUGUGUAGAAUGACAUCCGAGACUCAGCGGCAAGAAAUGGCUGAUGAAUGGUUUUACAUGGAGUUUGUUGCUGAUGCAUUUAAGAGAAUUAAGGAUUCUGCAUUUGAAACAGAUUGUAGAAGAUUCCUCAACCAGGUUAAUGGUACGCUUGGAGAAAGGACAAGUGUUUACACAUUUCCAUGUUUGGAAGCGUUUCUUAAUAAACAUGAGCUGAAGAUGCCAUCUGAUGAUAAACUGGAAGAGUUCUGGAUUGAUUUCAAUGUUGGUAGCCAAAGCAUAUCAUUUUAUGUCAUUACUGAGGAAGAUGAUGAGGAACCAAUGUGGGAAACUGUCUGUUUACCUGAAGAGGAUGUAGAAAGUUACAGUGUUGAAGUAAAAGAUGAGAAGAGAUUGCUAGCUGUGGACAUGAAUACUCUCUUCAGAAUUGGGAAUAUUGAAGGAAACCAGAUACAGAUAUUCUUUGAUUUGACUCUGGACAUCUUCAAUACUGUUCAAAAAGUUUAUGGUUCGACAAAAUUCAAGGGACUGCCAAUGAAAGACAGGAUUUCAGAAGUAAAAACAGCUGUCCAUGUGAUAUUUGAUGGUAACAGUUCACAGGUCUUGGUUGCUGAAAGCCAACUGUCAUCACCAGACAUUAAAGGACCAAAAAAUGGAAAAGUGUCUCACACGAAGACAGUAUCCAUAACAGGUUCAGGAAUGGACCCUCAGCAGACAUCAAUAUCUCCACCAAAGACACUUGCUCCACGUAAGCAAAGGACAUCAGAAGUAGCAAUGUUUGUAACUAGUACAGAAAGACCGGAAACAAAGACUGCUUGUACACCAACUAUAGUAAAUUCAACUCCAGCAAGAAAAAACAAAGUGAAGCCUCCUUUGGAAAUGAAAAACUCAUCAGGAAGAAAAUCUACAUUUAACAUUAAAAUGCAGAAUGUAGAACUGGGAAACUCUAUUUAUCCAGCCCCUUCUGGAGAGAGUAUGAAUAAGCUUUCAGAAGAAAGUAGCUUGAAGGUACAAAGUAGAACUUAA